AUGUUCCCCGCGCAGGACACUCUGCCCCGCGGCGGGCUGAACCUGAAGGAGGAGCCGCUGCUGCCCGCCGGCUUGGGCUCGGUGCGCUCCUGGAUGCAGGGCGCGGGCAUCCUGGACGCCAGCACCGCGGCGCAGAGCGGCGUGGGCCUGGCACGCGCGCAUUUUGAGAAGCAGCCCCCGUCCAACCUCAGGAAAUCCAACUUCUUCCACUUCGUGCUGGCCAUGUAUGACCGGCAGGGGCAGCCCGUGGAGGUGGAGCGCACGGCCUUCAUCGACUUCGUGGAAAAGGACCGAGAACCCGGGGCUGAAAAGACCAACAACGGAAUCCACUACCGCCUGCGGCUGGUGUAUAACAAUGGACUUCGGACAGAGCAGGACCUCUAUGUGCGCCUCAUUGACUCCAUGUCCAAGCAGGCCAUCAUCUAUGAGGGGCAGGACAAGAACCCCGAAAUGUGCCGAGUGCUGCUCACCCAUGAGAUCAUGUGCAGCCGGUGCUGUGACCGCAAGAGCUGCGGCAACCGGAAUGAGACACCCUCUGACCCGGUCAUCAUUGACAGGUUCUUUCUCAAGUUCUUCCUCAAGUGCAACCAGAACUGCCUAAAGAAUGCAGGGAAUCCCCGAGACAUGCGCCGCUUCCAGGUGGUGGUGUCCACGACGGUGAGCGUUGACGGACACGUGUUGGCGGUGUCCGAUAACAUGUUUGUGCACAACAACUCCAAGCACGGUCGCAGGGCGCGCCGCCUGGACCCCUCUGAAGCUGCCACCCCCUGUAUCAAGGCCAUCAGCCCCGGGGAGGGCUGGACCACCGGAGGCGCCACCGUCAUUGUCAUCGGCGACAAUUUUUUCGACGGAUUGCAGGUCGUGUUUGGGAACGUGCUCGUGUGGAGCGAGCUCAUCACGCCCCACGCCAUACGGGUUCAGACGCCCCCGCGGCACAUUCCCGGGGUGGUGGAGGUGACCCUGUCCUACAAGUCCAAGCAAUUUUGCAAGGGAGCCCCCGGCCGUUUUGUCUACACAGCCCUGAAUGAGCCCACCAUUGACUACGGAUUCCAGAGGCUACAGAAAGCCAUCCCCAGACACCCCGGAGAUCCGGAGAGGCUGCCCAAGGAAGUGCUGUUGAAGCGGGCGGCCGACUUGGCGGAGGCCCUGUACGGAGUGCCCAGCAGCAACCAGGAGCUCCUCCUGAAGCGCGCGGCGGACGUGGCCGAGGCCCUGUACAGCGCCCCCCGCGCGCCCGCGCCGCUCGGACCCCUGGCCCCGAGCCACCCUCACCCCGCCGUCGUGGGCAUCAACGCCUUCAGCAGCCCGCUGGCCAUCGCCGUCGGGGACGCCACGCCGGGCCCGGAGCCGGGCUAUGCGCGCAGCUGCGGCAGCGCGUCCCCGCGCGGGUUCGCGCCCAGCCCCGGCUCGCAGCAGAGCGGCUACGGCAGCGGCCUCGGCGCGGGCCUCGGCGGCUACGGGGCGCCGGGCGUGGCCGGCCUCGGCGUGCCCGGGUCCCCUAGCUUCCUCAACGGCUCCACGGCCACCUCGCCCUUCGCCAUCAUGCCCUCUAGCCCCCCGCUGGCCGCUGCCUCCUCCAUGUCCCUCCCGGCCGCUGCCCCCACCACCAGCGUCUUCUCCUUCUCGCCUGUCAACAUGAUCUCCGCUGUCAAACAGAGGAGCGCCUUCGCCCCUGUGCUGCGCCCACCCAGCUCCCCACCCCAGGCCUGCCCAAGAGCCCACGGAGAGGGACUUCCAGACCAGCCUUUUGAGGAUUCCGACAAGUUCCACUCUUCAGCCCGGGGGCUUCAGGGCCUGGCCUACUCCUAAACAUGGUCUGCAGGUGUUGCCCCCACUGAGCCUGGACUGGAGGUCCCUCUGGGAUACACACUCAUGUCCUGGACGGCAGCACAGAUGCGGAGCCAGGGCUUCGGGCAGACAUCAAUCCAAAAGCCUAAACAGCCCUCAUUGUGCUUGAGGCCUCCAGCCCCACAGGCUCCUCUCAGUCUCACCUCCCUUUCUCGGGGCUGGUUGGAAGCCCUACUAGCACUGUGCUGAUGCUCUCGGCAGGAGAGCAUCCUGGGGAGGUCCUGGGAUGCUGGGCUUUACUCACUGGGUCAUUUCCUCUGGAAGAGAUGGACCUUGUGCAGAUCAGACCGUCAGGUGACAGGAGCAGGGCAUGGGGACUGUGGGAAAGAGGACAGCUCAGGGAGGAGUGGCCUGGGGAGGUCCUGUUUGUGUCUGACCUGUCUCAACUGGCCCAGCAUCCCGACUUCUCUCCAGGGUAAAGGGUGGUGCCUAGCAGCCUCAGGAGGCCUGCCCAGGCUCCCAUGGAGCUUCCAAUGGCUGCUUGACCCCUGAGGCUGCCCCCCCUUGAGGACUGCACAAUCAUGCUUGCCACAUUAUGAAUCCCACUGGGGGCUUUCGGCAUGGAGGGUGCAGAAAAGGGAGUGCCAGGCCCCCUGAAUUGUGGGUCUUCCUCCCAAUGGCUAUCUCAUGGACUCUUGGCCCCACACACACACAUGACUCUGGCUGGCCCCAUAGCACCACGGAAUGGGCCUAGCUGCCACUGGCCUCAUAUUCUGCUCUGCUGAGGUUGGAGAAAACAGAACAAUAAAUGCAGCUGCAAGUGGCCACCCGGCCUCUCUUGCCUGCUUCCUUGG